GUACCAAAGGCUAUCAGAGAAAUUCGCUGCAGUGUUUAAAUUUAUAAAUUUCAGUGUUUCAGUCAAAGAGACACAUUGUUCUAUUGAAACUUGAGCUGAAAGUUAGUGUAUUCUGCUAAUUUUUGAAAAUAUGAAGCCGGAAAAUAUUUCAUUGUUUUGUUGCAUAUUUUUAAUAAUUAAUAUGGUCAGUGGAGAUAUUUCUAUACUAACGAAACAUGACUGGAAAGGAUUAGAUGCUACGGGGGAACUAACGGAAUUGGAUUUACCAGCAACUAGAGUAAUAAUAGCGCAUACAGCUAGUAAUAAUUGUGACGAUAAUAAGAGAUGUGCUCAAAUUGUGAGAGAUAUUCAGAAUUUUCAAAUGAAAAGUCUUAAUUUCUUUGAGAUUGGUUAUAAUUUUCUAAUUGGUAACGAUGGAAAUGUGUAUGAAGGUCGUGGAUGGAAUUAUCAAAGUGCGGUUGCUAGAGGUUAUAACGCUGGUAGCAUAAGUAUUGGAUUUAUUGGCAUGUUUGAAAAAGUUCUUCCAAGCGCAGCUGCAUUAGAUACAGCAAAAUCAUUAAUAGAACUUGGGGUUCAAUUGGGCAAGCUGUCGGAAGAUUAUAAACUUUUUGGACAUAGACAACUUGCGGCUACUGAAAGUCCAGGUCAAGCUUUAUAUGAUGAGAUUAAACAUUGGAAGCAUUGGAACAAAGAUAACUUGGGUAGUGGAAAAGUAUUGAGAAUAGUACCACGAGAUGGUUGGUUUGCACAGUUACCUUUAAAACCGCUCUUAUCUCUUGAUUUGCCGGUAUCUAAAGUUAUUGUUUCAUCUACUAAUACAGAAAAUUGCACCACACAAUCCACUUGCACCUAUCGUGUACGCAUCUUACAAACAUACAAUAUAGAAGCCACACAUUAUGAUGAUAUAAUAUACAAUUUUCUAAUCGGUGGUGAUGGAAAUGUUUAUGAAGGACGCGGUUGGGAUAAUGUGGGAGCACAUCUCAAAGGUUGGAAUGAUAGAAGUAUCAGUUUAGCAUUCAUUGGAACAUUUAAAAAUGUAGAACCAAAUGAAAAACAAAUGAGUGUGAGCAAACUCUUACUUGAAGAAGGUGUGCGUUUGGGUAAACUUACAGAAGAUUACAAAAUUUAUGGUGCCCAGAAGAUCGUUCCAAAUGCCGGCAUAACAGCAGCAGAUGCACUUUAUGAAAGCUUUAAAAGCUGGCCACAAUGGUCAGAAAGUCCUAGUACUACUACUGAUUAAUUACUAUAUUUAAAAAUAUUUAGCACUUGGUU